CACGGCUACAACUUUAUUGUCCCUAUUGUAAACUCAAUAAUAACUCAUGCUAAGAUAUAAUUGUAUUUGUGGUUACCGUAUCCUUUAAACAUACAUUUCUUUUUUUUAAAAAAAAGGAGCUCCGGUACGGCAAUGUUGCCUUACAAGGCGGUGGACGAGGCGGAAGCGGCCUUAAACCGAACUCUGACGGUGGCAGAAACUCUUUGGUUAAACUACUCAACUAACAAAUCAGAUUACAAUUUGUAUUGUCACAACAUUAUCUUCCUCUAUAUUGUUUAUACUCUUAUCCCUUUACCACUCGUUGUUGUUGAGCUUCUUGGCGUAGGCAAUAUUGCACGCUACAAAAUCCAGCCAAAAGUCAAGUUAUCCUUUGCUCAAAUCAUGUCUUGCUACAACACCGUUAUCAAGAUGUUCUUCUUCGUUGUGGGCCCUUUUCAACUCAUUUCAUAUCCUGCUUUCAAGAUAAUUGGUAUACGGACAGGAUUAUCAAUACCGUCAGGAUGGGAGAUAUUGAUCCAAUUAGGUAUAUACUUGAUAAUUGAAGACUACACAAAUUACUGGCUUCAUAGAGCAUUGCACUCCAAAUGGGGAUAUGAGAAGAUUCAUAAGGUGCACCAUGAGUAUAGUGCCCCGAUUAGUUUUGCAGCCCCGUAUUCACAUUGGGCUGAAAUUGUAAUCCUUGGCAUUCCGUCAUUCCUCGGCCCGGCCAUGGUACCGGGCCACAUCGUUACAUUUUGGUUGUGGAUGGUUCUCAGACACGUUGAAGCUAUUGAAACUCACUGCGGGUAUGACUUUCCGUGGACACCAACAAAGUAUAUUCCCUUCUAUGGUGGAGCCGAAUACCAUGAUUACCAUCAUUAUGUUGGAGGACAAAGCCAAAGCAAUUUCGCUUCAAUCUUCACAUACUGCGACUACAUCUAUGGGACUGAUAAGGGCUAUCGUUACCAGAAGAAACUCCUUUCAAAGUCGAAAGUAGAAUCGAGCAACAACGAUCAACAACAUGGCCUUAAAUUCGACUAGCUAACAAGUACAUAUAUUAUUAUAUACCAUGCAAGUAUAUGUGUACAUAAAGCAAAAUGUUGGCCCAUAUAUAUAAUGUAUUGUUAUUUGACAUCCGUAUAUGUUAAAAUCGCCCGCAUUAUUUAUAUGAAAUGACACUUUACCCCUACCA